CUCUCUCUCAGUCCUGUCCAAAUUGGAUUCUCUCUUGCCGCAAUUGCCUGUCACUCCACUCCAAUUAAUUUAUUUAUCAUCCCUCUUGUGAAGUAGAGAAAAGCAAACCUCUCUCUCUGUACCCAUUAACCUCGUUCGAGUUUCUCUCUCCUCCAAAAAGUGAGCUGUCUCUUCCAAAAUCAUGAUAAACGUCAUUAAGCUCACAUUCGAGUUUCUCUCUCCUCCAAAAAGUAGAUCUCUCUCUUCCAAAAUCACGAUAAAAGCGAGAAAGGGGAAGAAUUGCAAUAAAUAAGCGUGAAACAAGUGUAGUCUCUCUCUUCAGCAGUCGACCAUGUAGAGAGAUCCCCAAUCCCUUCAAUCUUCUCAAUUUAUACUCUUUCUUUUGUCGUUAUGAAGAUGAAGGAGCUGAAACGGUUGGUUGCUGUUUUUGUCUCCUUUGGGGUUUUCGCCAUGGUUAUCAAUCUUCGCAGCAAUGGCCCCUUCUUUGAUUCCAAGGAAGCAAAUUUGCUUCCUAAUUUUAACAAAACAGUGGUGUUGGAGAAACCACAGUUGAAAGCCAUUAGAAAGGAGAUUUAUCGCCAGCUAUGGCGACACCCUGAACCAGUUCUACAACCUUGUUGGGACAAGCAUCUGGCCAUGCUGAAGACCAAGCCUUGGGGAUUUUUAGGUGUUAGACUCUCGAAAGGUCCACAUUACCAUCGUAUCCAGGUGGCUGAGGCAGUUGUGAUAGCAAAGUAUGUAAGUGCUACUUUGUUAUUACCAACAAUUAAAGAUGGUGAUAAAGAACCCAACGGGCAGUUUGACAACAUUUACCACCCAACUGCAUUUAUAAUGGGCCUGCAAAAUGUAUUGAGAGUUGUAGGUCGCCUCCCGGAGGACAUGAGUUCCGUCACUCCUACAGUUAUCAAUGUUCCAUAUGGAGCAACUCCCAAGUACAUAGAAGAAAACAUUCGCCCCAUCUUCAGACAAAAAGCUCUAGUAAUCAUAGACAAUUUUUUCUAUAGUAAUAAAUUGGAGGAAGCACAACCUGAACUGGAGGCCUUGAAGUGUCUUGUUAUGUAUAAAGCCCUUAAGUUCCACCCAAACUUGAUUAGACUUGGAAAUCAUAUAAUUGAUCGAAUGAGAGAGGCAGGUGAAGUAGCUGAUGGACGCUUCAUUUGUCUUGACUUGCGGGUUGAAUACUUACUCCGAAAUGGUUGUAAUUUCAGCAUGAAUGAGGGUGAUAUUUUGGAUAAUAAGAAAUGUGUAAAUGUAAGUUAUAUUGGAGGAUUUUUGGAGCAUAUUGGGUUCCCGGAAGAUACGGCCAUAUAUUUGACACAAUCUCGAUGGGAUAUGAGGCUGAACCCUCUAGGAAAAACGUUUUUAAAUAUUCACACAAAGGAAUACAGCAUGCCAUUCAAUGAAGAAAAGCAGAUUCUUUACUCCGGGAACACUCGGUUUGAGAGGGCCCUGGACUUUUAUAUAUGUAGCAGAAGUGAUGUCUUUGUGCCUGCAUCCUCAGGCAUGUUCUACACUCACGUUGCAGGAGAGAGAAUCCUUUUGGGAAACACCCAUAUACUUGUUCCUUUCCGCAGGUGCAGUUCUCUCGCUAAAGACUGCCCCAUGUCCAGGUAUGUUACAAGAAGAGAACAUUUUGUGUACAAGUGUGCAUGUGCUUUCAAUUAUACAGAGCCUUAGAACCGGUAAACCUUCAUACGAUUUUUCAAGGAAGCCUCAGUGUUCUUUAUGGGCAGAGAUUGUAAAUUUUUUCCGAGAAUUAGUAAUUGUAUUAUAUUAUGAUUAAUCUUCAUUGUAGUCCUAUCUUUUUUCAAGUGUUUGGCCUCUGAAGGUCACAUAUUGGUCAAAUUUGUUGAAUACUGAAUGGUUCUUAAACAGAGACAGAAGCCGAACUUUUAUAUUUCA